AUUUUCGUUUGUGACACGCGAAUGGAGAGGAUGAAUAACGAGCUCAUUGCUCGCAUCUCUGAAUGGCGCGCUCCAAAUACAUAUAUGAACUAUCCCCAAUUGACGCCUUAUGAUGUGGAUCUGAAGAAUCAACUGGUGGAUUAUGUGAAGGCGAAGGGAUUAGUUGAUUUAGAGGCCCUAGUUACCCUUGAGCAGCUUGCGGUGUUUUGGUUUGUUGAUGUGGCAAACCUAUAUACCAGAGGCAACGUGAACAAGCUCAGCGCUCAUGAGCUCGUUGAGGGGAGGGCAGCUUGCAGGGGUCAACUUGCUUUGACGAAUGGCCACCUAUGGCACCAUCUCGUAACUCAUUGCAUCAGAAACGAGGAUCGAGCUCGGCAUCCAGGUCUUAUACCGAGCAAAGAGUUGAAACUCUGCCUUCAAAUUCCCAAAGGCAUGCUCAAGAUGAUUCAGAUGCUGAGGAUGACGUGCCACUUAUCAGGUGAAGGAUGGGCAUUAUGGAUCUCCCCAUUGAACCUUCUGUGGAUUGCUUACCGUGAGGGUUUCAACUACACAAAAACGAACUGCCAGGUCGCCAUGCUGCAAGCAUUCAGCUACACAGUUGCACUUUUUGCAUGCGAGCAAGGGGCAUGUGGGCAAACUUGCGAGCUCAAUGAAAAUUGCAAACAGUUGACUUCUAAGAAGGCAAGCUUGGAAGAUGAGGCAACGAAGGAUAAGGCCGACCGUGUAAAGGAACGUGCCAAGAAAGUGGAAGUUGAGAGGGACAAUGCUCGGAAUGAGCUAAACUCCCUCAAGCAACAGGCGGCUGCAGCCGACCAAAACCUCGCCCAAGCUAAGGAUGCCUUGAAUAGGACAAAGAUGUGCCAUCAACGUUCUGUGAGCAUUGCACUAGCUCAAGGGGCAAAGUGGUUGGUCAACUCAGACAUGUUCCAAGAUGCAGUGGUCGUUGCGUCCACAAAUACCACGAUAGAAAUCUACAAUGAUAUCCGUGGAAAGUGGGAGUUGAAUGAAGAUGGAGUGCCCGUCUGGCCUCUGUCAGUUUUGGAAGAAGAGGAGGACCUUGAGGGGUUACCAAGAUUCAAUUCAUGGGUGGCUAGGGUACUCGAGGUGGAAGCUGAACCCUCUAGUACUCCACCCACUUCUCAGCCCGUCACCACUCUUACUUGCUUUUCUCCAGCUUGUGCUGAUGCAUCCAUCCCUGUAGAUUUGAUAGAUGGCUAGGUGGUUAUGCCUUUUAUUUUCUUUUGUAUUUUUUGUUUUGGUCAGUUGACCUUUUUGAGCAUUUUCUAUGUCAUCUCCUGUAUUGAAAAGUAUACUUUAAGAGAAAUACAACUGGGGAGAUAUUUUUUUGGAAAACUUUUGUGUUCUUUGCAUUUCAAUUACACAUUUUACACUUGCUCAUCGUGCUAAGUAAUAAUACAAAUUAAUUGUAAUA